GGUUCCUUAUUUGCCAUCAUCCAAAAAACGCAACUCGCUGAAUUUUAGUCUCUGAAAACUUUGUUCGUGGUAUAUAUGAAUGAAAAAACGCACUCGUUUGGGAUUGUCAGGCAUGAAGAUUUAGAAUCAUUUUAUCWAUCAUGAUUACAAGAGGUGCUGGUUUCUUCCUGGUCGUGUUUGUUGUCUUGUUUUGUUCAGUGGGGUCUAGAGAUGUGCACAAGUCCAAACAGCAUAGGAGGAGUCUGAAUCAGAUAAGAACAAAGCUCAACGGUCAUGUUGGUGAGAAAACUGUGCGCUAUAACUAUUAUGGCGGGAAGAAGAGAACGUUCCUACCUAUUGAUAAAAUCAAUAUCAAAAAACUCUUUGGCCAAUCUCAACUUUUGAGUAAGAGAAAAAAACAAAAAAAUUUCGAGAAGAAAAGCGAUUUUUUCAUACUGCACCCGGGCAACAACAAACUAAAAAAUCACAGUACAAUUAAGACUGGAAAAGGCAAUGGGACGCAAUCAUGGAAAAAACUCAUUGAAAAAGCGUUCAGGAAAGAUAGCUUGGCUGAUUUGCUGCAAGCGUUCGAGAAAACAAAUACAAGUCUGCAGUACAAGAGGAGUAAUAAAACUGGGGUCUCCUCAAAUAAAACUCGUGAUAAUAAGACAGAAAACCCGAAAGCCUUGUUGCAUGAGGUACUGGAAAACGCUGAUCAAAAACAAUCAAGCGAUGAAAAGAUCGCAGCCGAGGAAAUCAAACUGGGUCUGGGGAAAAUAGUAUCACAACUCCAAAAAGUAUUGAAACAAGACUCGGUUUUUUUGAAGAAUACUACGAAGCCAAAGCAGACGAAGAAGGUUGAUCUGAAGAAGUUGGUAGCAGAUAUGAGAGCUAAAGACAACAAUAAGGAAGAUAAUGAUGAGAGCAUUUCGCUGAGUCCACAGCAGAAGCUCAAAGUAUCCGACUUGAAAAUCUCAAAAGAUUUGAACUUGGAUGGAAAAUCGGAAGAACAAAAUGGGAAUCAAGGAAUGGGAAUGAAUAAGUGGAGUGGGAUGAAUAUGAUGAAUGGAAUGAAUGGGGUAAAUGGGAUGAAUGGGAUGAAUUUUAUGAGCGGAAUGAAUGGGAUGAAUCGGUUGAAUGGGAUGAACCAAAUGAAUGGAAUGAAUGGCAUGAAUGCUAUGAAUGGCGUGAAUGGCAUGAAUGGCAUGAAUGCCAUGAACCAAAUGAAUGGGAUGAAUAGAAUGAAUGGUAUGAAUGGGAUAGAUCCAGCGAAUGGGAUGGCUAUCCCAAGUGCGAUGAAUGGAAUGAAUGGAAUAAGCGCUAUGAAUGGUAUCCCUACCAUGAAAGGGUUUAAUGGAAUGGGUGGGAUAAACGGAUUUAAUGGAAUGAAUGGAAGGAAUGCUAACCCUGCUAUGUUCAUGAAUAAUGUACCUCGAAUGAGCGACUUAAACAGCGAUGUACCAGAUCGCACAGAAAUACAAAAGAUAAUGUACAGUCGUUUCAAUGGAGACCAAUUGGAUUUUAACAAUUGGCCUUCAGACAAGACGGAUAUUUAUCGGCCGCCAUUAGAAAGCUUCGAAGAUGAACARCAAGAACCACAAGAAUUCUCUCAAUUUCACCACUACCGGCGACAUCGGGCUCGUGAGCCAUACGAAGAAGAAGAUGCUGAGGACAUGAGGCAUGUUGCACCAAGAUAUCGUGAUGAGGAAGAGGAUGCAGAAGAUGAAGACAGGCCACAACAACAAGAAUAUGAGGAUGCUGAGGAACGUGCUACUAUCACUGGACAUAUACAUCUUAGAAAACAUCGAUUACAUCAUGAUCCAACGCAAAGGAAAUCUGUAAUCAAACGCCCAGUAUAUAAUACCGAAACCAAGGUGGCAAAUAUCAAGAAUAAAAUGGCCUUUGUUAGAAAGGGUUAUCAGAAAACAGAAAAACAUGCCACAGCUUCUGGAAAAAAUACAGUAAAGUAGAUGUGUAAUAAACAAAAAUACUAUAUUUGAAUAUUAAAGAAAAUAGCAAUAGUAUAAAAAAGAGCCAGAUUUAAACUAUGUAUAUAAAAAGGACUAGCAACAAUCUAAACCAUAAAAGAAUCAUAGAAAACUUAAGUGUUGUAGUGGCAAAAAAAUAGGCUUGGCAACCAUUUUCAACAAUUCGGAAGGUAUUUGGAAACAAAAUUAAGCUCAAAUUUGGAGCGUAAUCUUUAAUUGUCGAAAGUAAUUAGGGUAUAAAGAUGUUUAUUUUAAAAAAGCACGCUCGACAUACUUGUCAUGUUAGUUAAAUGAUGCAUUUUCGUAUGACAGAAAGCUUUCGCUAUAUAAAGGAUAAUUCAAAGUAAUAAUUAACUUUAAAAGGCCAUGAAUAGCUGUUAUUACGUACGGUUGCAUGCAGAUGAGAUGCAAAUGACCCAUAAUGCAUGAUAUCGACCCGAUAGGUUCAACUAUGAUAACAACUAUUUCCCACGGUAUGUGUCCCAUAUUUUCAAGCUUCGUUUUGGCCGGCAGGAGAGUUUGCAGCACGAACAUAACGAUAACUUGAGAGUUGAAUGAGAUCGUAAGACAGAAAUACCACAAAUAAAAAACAUAGUUAUUAAA